GCUCUGACUUCACUAGUCUACCCUUGUUUUAAAAAAAGUCCAAACCUUGAGCUGUGAGUCCUUUCUGUCCCAAAUCGAAACUCAAAAGAUAGGAAAAAAAACCCUCGUCACUUCACCAGAAAUACCCAGAUGCUGAGCUUCUUCUGACUUCUGAGCUUAGGUUAGGUAGUUUAGCUUAAACCAAAUUAAGUUUGGGUAUUUUUUCAUUCUUCUGUAAAAACCCAGAAGGAGACAUAGAAAUUUUAGACAGAAAGUUGAAAUUUGAGACCGAAAAUGGCGCUUAAGCUGCAGCACCAGCUGAAGGAGCUGGGAUCCAAGUUGGAAGCUUUUCCUUCUUCUAAAGAUUCCCUUCUUAAGCUUUUAAAGCAAGCUAUUACAGUUCUCUCUGAUUUGGAGCAAUCUCCACCUACAUCAAUUUUGGAUUCAAUGCAACCCUUCUUGAAGGCCAUUGUUAGACCAAAGCUACUUAAACAUCAAGAUAAGGAUGUUAAACUCCUAGUUGCUGCUUGUCUUUGUGAAAUCACUCGUAUUACUGCACCCGAAGCACCGUACAGUGAUGAAAUUUUGAAGGAUGUUUUUGAAUUGAUUGUUUUUACAUUUAGAGGACUUAGUGAGACAAGUGGACCAUCAUUUGGAAGGAGAGUAAUAAUCUUGGAGACCCUUGCGAGAUACAGAUCAUGUGUUGUGAUGUUAGAUCUUGAUUGCGAUGAUCUAGUAAGUGAGCUUUUCAGGACAUUUCUCGCUGUUGCAAGGGAUGAUCACCCGGAAAAUGUUUUAUCAUCAAUGAGAACUAUCAUGAAUGUUCUUCUCGAUGAAAGUGAGGAUAUUCAUGAAGACUUGCUUCUUAUAUUGCUCUCUACCCUAGGGAAAAAUAAAAAGGAUGUUACAGAUGCUGGGAGGAAACUUGCCAUGGAUGUGAUAGAACAUUGUGCGGCUAUACUCGAACCUGCUGUGAAACAAUUUCUUAUAUCUUCAAUGACUGGAGAAAAUUCUACGAGUUGUGAAGUUGACUACCAUGAAGUUAUUUACAAUUUAUACCGCUGUUCUCCUCAAAUUCUGUUGGGAAUUGUUCCUUACCUGACAGGAGAGCUACUGAAUGACCAGUCAGAAGCUCGUCUAAGAGCGGUUAAUCUGGUGGGCAAGCUUUUCGCACUCUCAGACUCCGCUAUUUCUGAAGCAUUUCAAUCCGUAUUUGGGGAGUUCUUGAAGAGGUUAACAGAUAGAGUAAUUGAGGUUCGGAUGUCUGCCCUUGACUAUGUUAAACAAUGUCUUCUUUCAAAUCCCUUGAGACCCGAGGCUGCUCAAAUAUUUGCUUCCCUAUGCGAUCGGCUCUUGGACUAUGAUGAAAAUGUGCGGAAGCUAGUUGUUGCUGCGGUAUGCGAUGUAGCUUGUUGUAAUCUGGAUUCUGUUCCAGUUGAAACUGCAAAACUAGUCGCAGAGCGUCUUCGUGACAAAUCCUUACUUGUAAAGAAAUAUACCCUUGAUCGAUUAGCUGAGAUAUACCGGCUUUACUGCUUGAAGCGGAAAAAUGGCUGCACUAAAGAAUAUGACUGGAUACCUGGAAAGAUUUUGAGGUGCUUCUAUGACAAAGAUUUUCGGUCAGAUGCAAUUGAAUCCAUUCUAUGCGGAUCACUGUUCCCAGCUGAGUUUUCUGUCAAGGACAUAGUUGAACAUUGGAUACAAAUAUUUUCAGGCCUGGACAAAGUUGAGGUCAAGGCGCUAGAAAAGAUGCUGGAACAGAAACAAAGGUUGCAACAAGAAAUGCAGAAAUAUCUGUCUCUGAAGCAAACUUAUAAGGAUGCUGAUGUGAUUGAUUAUCAGAAAAAAGUUAUUGUUUUAUUCCGGGUUAUGUCAAGGUUUUUUGUUGAUCCUUCAAAGGCCGAGGAAGGAUUUUCAACUCUUGAUCAGCUUAAAGAUGCAAACGUUUGGAAAAUUUUUCCGGUCUUACUUGAUCCGAAUACUGGCUUCCAGCAAGCUCGUGCAAGUCAGGAUGAUCUUUUUAAGAUUCUGGGUGAAAAACAUCGGAUCUUUGAUUUCGUGAAUGUACUUUCAGUGAAGUGCUCGUACAUGCUUUUUAGCAAGGAACAUGUCAAAGAAUUCAUGCUGGAACUUGCAACUCAAAAAGCUGCUGAAAAUACAGAGAAAUGUUUGUCAUGUGUAAACAUGCUGGUGAUCCUGGCAAGCUAUGGUUCACAAUUAUUUGUUGGAAGUGAAGAGGAUUUGCUAAUUCUCCUUAAAGAUGAUAAUGAAAUCGUCAAAGAAGGCAUUCUGCAUGUUCUAGCAAGGGCUGGUGGAACCAUUAGAGAGCAGCUCGCAUCGUCAUCUAGUUCCGUAGAUCUUAUACUUGAAAGGUUGUGUUUAGAAGGAACACGAAGGCAGGCCAAGUAUGCUGUACAUGCUCUUGCGGCAAUAACUAAAGAUGAUGGACUUCGUUCACUCUCUGUUCUAUACAAGAGGCUGGUUGAUAUGUUGGAUGAGAAGGCACAUUUGCCUACUAUACUGCAGUCACUUGGGUGUAUAGCACAAACUGCAAUGGCUGUCUUUGAAACUAGAGAAAGUGAAAUAAUAGAAUUCAUUAAAAGCAAAAUUUUGCAAUGCAGUAAUAAAGGACAAGAUAAACCGAAAGCACGGUGGCGUGAUAGAAGUGAACUUUGUCUUUUAAAGAUUUAUGGUAUUAAAACACUGGUCAAGAGCUACCUACCCGUUAAAGAUGCUCAUCUUCGAGGUGGAAUCGAUGAUCUCAUAGAAAUUCUUAGAAAUAUGCUUUCCUUUGGAGAUUUUUCAAAAGAAUUAGAAUCAAGUUCUGUGGAUAAGGCUCACUUGAAGCUUGCUUCUGCCAAAUCCAUCCUUCGCCUGUCAAGAUGUUGGGAUACUAGUAUACCCGUUGACGUCUUCCAUUUAGCUUUAACGACAGUUGAGAUAAAUUUCCGUCAAGCUAGGAAAUUGUUCCUCAGCAAAGUUCAUCAGUACAUCAAGGAUCGCAUUUUGGAUCCAAAAUAUGCAUGUGCUUUUCUAAUGGAUAUUUUUUCUUCCAAACAUGCAGCAAUAGAUGAGGACAAACGUAAUCUUGGUGAAGUUAUACAGAUGUGUCGUCAAAUAAGAGCCCGGCAGCUUUCCAUGCAAUCUGAUACAAAUUCUCUCAUGCUUUAUCCAGAAUAUCUAGUACCUUACCUGGUGCAUGCUCUAGCACAUCACACUAUGUGCCCUACUUUUGAUAAAGGCAUGGAUGUUAAAGUGUUGGAACCUAUUUCUCGGGUUCUCUAUAUGUUAUUGUCAAUGGUUUUUCGUGAUGAUGAAGAUAUGAUUCCGGAAACUAAUGGCAUUGAUAAGGAAAAGGAACCUUUUCCUGUUGUAAUUUCUAUCUUGCGAUCUAUCAAGCGUUCAGAAGAUGUGGUUGAUCCAUUAAAAUCUAAGAAUUCACAUGCUAUUUCUGAACUUGGGCUGCUGGUGAUCAAGCGCUUUCAAAAAACCAGUGAUUUUCAAAGUAGCGAAGAAAUUUCUUUACCACCAAUGCUGUAUAAACCAAACGAAGCCAAAGAUGAAGCUAAUGCUGAGGCUGCUGAUGCGCAUUCGUGGAUGGCUGAUGAUUCUGUGUUAGCUCACUUUGAAUCGCUUACAUUCGAAGUGAAGGGAACUGUCCACUUUGAAAUUCCUCAAGAUGAGGUACUGGAAGAUGAGGAAACGGAAGGAAAUGAGAUUCCUCUGGGAAAACUAAUUAAAAAAAUCAAAUCCCAGAAAAAUAAAGCCAAGGCAAUUGAAGAAGGCCAUUCUUCACCUACUGAAGCGAAAAGUGAGGAUAUUUUGAAAGUGGUGAGGGAAAUUAAUUUGGAUAAUCUGGGAUCUACGAGUAAGAUAGAAGCAACCAAUGGCCAUGAUAAUCACUUGACUAACAAACCAGAAAUUAAAGAUGAACCAAGCAAAAAAAGGAAGGGGAAUGAUGCCAGAUUUGAUUCUACACCUAAGCGCCGAAGAUCAUCAUUAACUAGGAGUCCUUCCAAACUUUCUUCCUCUGCAGGUGCUGUUAAGACUCUUGCAAAAGUCAACUCCAAAAGUAUUUUCUCAAAGCAAGAAAAGGAGCCCAAAAAGUCAGAUUUGGGUGCAUCACCCGUCAAAGGAAAACGAAGCAGCAAGAGCCCCAAACAGGGUAAUGGCUUAGAGGGUCACAAAGUUGAAGAAAGUGAUAUCUCUGACCAGAAGAAGCCUAAAAUGGUCGAGGAUGACAAGGGUGAAAUUGUCAGUAAUGACAAGUCUUCUGCUGCUUCUUCCAAGAAAAGAAAAAGUAGAAGUGUUGCUGGCUUAGCAAAGUGCACGUCAAAUGAAGCUGAAGGUCAUACUACGGAUUUGGUUGAUUGCAAGAUAAAAGUUUGGUGGCCAAUGGAUAAGCGGUUUUAUGAAGGUAUUGUGAAAUCCUAUGAUCCUGAAAAGAAGAAGCAUGUGAUAUUGUAUGGUGAUGGGGAUGUGGAAGUGCUCCGUCUAGAUAAAGAACGCUGGGAGCUUAUUGAUAACGGACAUAGACCUAAAAAGAAGACAAAUACUACUAAGAGUCCCGCUAAGAUGAUAUCACCCAAGAAAAGUAAGAUUUCAGAUGAACCACAGCCAAAAAAGUUAGACAAGGGAUUACCCAACAAGAGAAGCAAGAUUUCUGGUGAAUCUAGACCAAGGACAUCGAACAAGAGAAUCAAGGGGAAAAGAGCUCAGAAGAAAACUUCGAGAACUGAUCUGAGCGACGGUCUAGAAGAAAAGGAAGCUAGUGCAUCAGAGGAUGUAGAGAACAGAUCUGAUGUAUCAAACGCUGAGCCAACUAUAUCAUCUGGAAGUGAUGGACAUGAGUCUGGUGAUGCUGAGCAGGAAUUGGAUGAUGCACCUGCAAGCCAGGCAUGUGAUGCAGAAGAAAAACCAGAUAUUGUUGGAAAGGAAGGAGACGGCAACGCUGCUCAGAACGACACAGAAGAAUCUGAUGAAGAAAAGUCCAGUCCCGAAAGUGGAGAAAAGUACGCUGGUCUAACUACUCCACAGGAUUCCCCCAUUUCCAAUGUGGAAAAAUUACAUGAAGUCAACAAAAUCGACAAACCUAGUGGACUCUCACAAGAGGAAUGCGAUGAAGGGAAGCAGAUAGAAGAGACCGAGAGAAAUCUCGAACCUCAUAAAAAUAGCACUUUGAAUGCUAACAAUACCGAUGAAGACGAGCCUCUUUGCACUUGGAAGAAGCGUGUAACCAAGUCGCACAAGUGAAACGAUGUUCGUUACCCGUCUCAGCUGCACUAACCUUCAGAAGAACAUAAUGGCAUUUACGAUGCACUACACCGAUGCAAUCCGUUCCAUUUGCUGCCAUUUUCAGAUCAGACCGAGAGGUUGGUCUGUGUUGAUGUGCUUAUCUGACUAUCGACUGUAGGAAAAAAUUUGUGGGUUAGCUGUACAGUAAUAGUCUGUUUGAUCAGUCAGUAACGUAGCAUGAAAAUCCUUUUGUCCAUGGCUAUGAAAUUAUUAGGGCAUUCAUCUUUUUUACUUGUACAUAUACGAUAUUGUAUACAGUGUUUUUUGUUCUGCAUUUCUGCUCCUGUCAUCCCUUUCAUUAUGCUUGAAAAUUAAAACUUUGAGUAGAAUUUGGCAUAGUGCUUUAUAAAAGGAUGGCAUAUUUUAUUAGGGCUUUCUGUUGCUAAAAAGUAUCCUUCCUUGUAAACUGGCAUAGGAGCAAGGCAUCUUUACAUGCUUUUACAUAUUUGAACUUUGACUGAAUAUUAUGGUUUUUUGCUAUGCACAAUUCUAACGGUUGUAUAUUUUUUUUGAUUCGGGAAUCGGGAAUACGCUAGAGAAUUUUAACAGGCAAGGGAAGAAAAUUAAUUAUUCUUAAUAGGUGGUGAGAAUUAAAUUUCUAUUACAAGGGUGAAAGGAAAAACUCUUGAUCAUCUAUCUGUAUUCUCUUUAUACUUGUCUAAGUUGUAUAGCUGUAUUGUAUAUAAAGGGUUUGAUUAAAUUUUCCAAUUUAGUAUUUACUAGAGAAUUUUUAUCCUAGAGAAUUUUUAUCCGUUAUUUGAUAAUAUAAAUGAUCAAUAUUUUCACAAUUAACUAAGGUUGUAUAUACGAUAAUAUUAGCGGAAAAUUUAGAUUUGAAUUUGUUUCGGUCACGAUGUGGGUCAUAUGAUAU